AUGUCGUCAAGAGCACAGUUGCCGGCGCCCCCUGGGCUGUCCCCUCCUUGCGUGGGGAGCUCUGCGCGCCAUGCAAGUCGACGACCUGCGAUAGCUCGGUCUCAGCUGUGUACAAGAGGAUGGCGCGCCCAAAGCACACCCACGGUGCGGGCCGCACAGCUGGGGGUCACUGAACAAUCCCAAGUUGGCCUGGUGGAUGAGAUGCGAAAAGUUGCAAUGAACCUGCACACAAAGGACCAAGCAAAGGAGGGGGGCCAAGAAUCUGCCCCUAAACCAUUCAAAUCG